AUGCUGGGUCCAUCUAGCAAACCAUACGGGACGCAGGCCUCGUCCAGCAAUGGCGCCGAGUACGAGCCACUGAACGCGAGCGACGACGUGACCAUUGCCGACUCCGACGAUGUAGAGCAACAAUCACGACGCUCGAGCCUCGAGGGCUCAACCAUGCACAGCCGCGCCGACGAGGUGCCCUUCUCCCGGCUCGAGUACGCCAUCUUCCUCCUCCUCGGCGUCGCCAUGCUCUGGGCGUGGAACAUGUUCCUCGCCGCCGCGCCGUACUUUGCCGCGCGCCUGGCCGCCUCACCCUCCAUACAGGCAACUUUCCAGCCGUCGAUCCUCGCCGUGUCGACCGUGACGAACCUGGUGGUCAUGCUAGUCUUGUCCAACAUGCAGAGCAAGGCCUCCUACCCACUGCGCAUCAACCUGGCCCUGUCCGUCAACAUGCUCGUGUUUGUGUUCCUCACGGGAUCGACCGUGCUUCUGGCCCACGCCACGCCCAAGGUGUACCUGGGCUUCGUGCUCGUCAUGGUCUGUCUGAGUUCCUGGGCGACAGGCCUGAUCCAGAACGGCGCCUUUGCCUUUGCGGCGAGCUUUGGACGGAGCGAGUACAUGCAGGCACUCAUGGCCGGACAGGGCAUCGCGGGCGUGCUCCCGCCCUUGACGCAGAUCUUCUCGGUCCUCGCGUACCCUCCUUCUACCAAGGAAUCCGAUGGCGGAGAAGACCAGGCCUCAGCGUUUCUCUACUUUAUCACCGCCGUGAUCCUCUCGCUCGGCACCCUCAUUGCCUUCAUCCCUCUCUCGAAGCGACACGCACAGAUCGUUGAGAGGCGCCUAACGGCCGAGAUGGCCGGGUCCGUAGCCUCUGUCGAGGAAGCUGAGCAGGCCGCGCGCAAGCCCGUCUCGUUGCUGCGCCUCUUCUCCAAACUACGCUGGCUAGCGCUGGGUCUGAUUCUGACAUUCACGGAGACCAUGUUCUUCCCGGUAUUCACAUCCAAGAUCUUGUCUGUCAACGACGGACCCAACGCAGGCGCCCUGUUCCACCCGGCAGCCUUCAUCGCUUUUGCCUUCUUGUUCUGGAACAUUGGUGACCUCAGCGGUCGACUGGCCACGUCUCUGCCGUUCUCCUUGGGAGACAGACCGUUCCUACUCUUCCUACUGUCGGUAGCACGGGCGGCGUAUAUACUGCUGUACCUCCUCUGCAACAUUGGCGGGCGUGGCGCCAUCGUGCCGUCCGACGCAUUCUACCUCGUCGUUGUGCAGCUCAUAUUUGGCCUGACAAAUGGCUGGCUCGGCGCGAGUUGCAUGAUGGCAGCGGGCGACUACGUGGAAGACGAAGAGCGGGAGGCCGCUGGCGGUUUCAUGGGAUUGUGUCUAGUUAUUGGACUGGCAGCGGGAAGUUUCCUCAGCUUCACGGUAGCUGGCGUGUAA